AACCAGAGUGAAUAAAUAAUCACCCAUCCUUUGGGAUAAAAUAUCCAGGAUUGCUUGUCGGUUUAUUUCACACGUGUUCACAGCCUGCCAGGGUGGUGACAGUCCAGUCAUGGCACAGCAGGACACGCCUGCCAAUAAGGCCGCUGCCCCGAACCUGGCCGUGCUGCACUCCAAUUUUAUCAUCGGCUCUGUGUCAGAGGAGAACUCUGAAGAUGAGUUUUUGGGGAAGCCAGACCUGACGCUGGGCCUGGAGGAGAAGGAGCGCUCCAUAUCCCCCACCUCUAGCCUCAGUUCAGAGAACAGCAGCUACGAGAUGGGCUUUGACAACAUUGACGGACCCCACAUGAGACCAAGCAUGUCUGGGCUGCACCUGGUCAAGCAGGGACGAGACCGCCGCCGCAUCGACCUGCAGAGAGAUUUCACUGUGGCCUCCCCCGCCGAGUUCGUCACCCGCUUCGGAGGCAAUAAGGUCAUCGAGAAGGUCCUCAUUGCCAACAAUGGCAUCGCGGCGGUUAAGUGCAUGCGCUCCAUCCGCCGCUGGGCUUACGAGAUGUUCCGCAACGAGCGCGCAAUCCGUUUUGUUGUCAUGGUAACCCCCGAGGACCUGAAGGCCAAUGCAGAGUACAUAAAGAUGGCCGACCACUAUGUGCCGGUGCCAGGAGGGACCAAUAACAACAACUAUGCCAACGUGGAGCUCAUUCUGGACAUUGCCAAGCGAAUACCUGUGCAGGCUGUAUGGGCUGGGUGGGGCCACGCCUCAGAGAAUCCCAAACUCCCAGAGCUGCUCAUGAAGAAUGGCAUUGCCUUCAUGGGUCCUCCUAGCCAGGCCAUGUGGGCUCUCGGGGACAAGAUCGCCUCAUCCAUCGUGGCUCAGACAGCUGGCAUCCCUACCCUGCCAUGGAGCGGAGCAGGACUCACAGUGGAUUGGACAGAGAGCGAUCAGAAGAAGAGGAUCAUCAACGUUCCCCCUGAUCUGUAUGAGCUGGGCUGCAUCCAUGAUGUGGAGGCAGGACUGAAGGCUGCGGAGGUGGUGGGCUACCCCGUGAUGGUGAAGGCCUCCGAGGGAGGUGGAGGAAAGGGCAUCCGCAAAGUCAACUGUGCUGAUGACUUCCCCAACCUCUUCAGACAGGUCCAGACCGAGGUUCCAGGCUCACCCAUCUUCGUGAUGCAGCUGGCCAAACACGCUCGUCACCUGGAGGUCCAGCUCCUGGCUGACCAGUACGGCAACGCCAUCUCCCUGUUCGGCAGGGACUGUUCCGUACAGCGGCGACACCAGAAGAUCAUAGAGGAGGCGCCCGCCACCAUCUCCACCUCAGACGUCUUUGAGGACAUGGAGAGGUGUGCAGUGAAGCUAGCUAAGAUGGUGGGCUACGUCAGUGCUGGCACAGUGGAGUAUCUCUACAGCCAAGAUGGCAGCUUUUACUUCCUAGAACUCAACCCUCGUCUGCAGGUGGAACACCCCUGUACUGAGAUGGUGGCCGACGUCAACCUGCCUGCUGCACAGCUACAGAUUGCCAUGGGGAUCCCCCUGCACCGUAUUAAGGACAUCAGAAUGAUGUAUGGGGUCCAGCCCUGGGGAGACUCUAUGAUUGACUUUGAGGGUCUGUCCACGGCCCCCUCCCCACGUGGACACGUCAUCGCUGCCCGCAUCACCAGUGAGAACCCGGAUGAGGGUUUCAAGCCGAGUUCGGGCACGGUGCAGGAACUGAAUUUCCGCAGUAACAAGAAUGUGUGGGGAUACUUCAGUGUGGCAGCGGCCGGAGGCCUGCAUGAGUUUGCAGACUCCCAGUUUGGCCACUGCUUCUCCUGGGGAGAGAACCGAGAAGAGGCCAUCUCUAACAUGGUGGUGGCCCUGAAGGAGCUGUCGAUCAGAGGAGACUUCAGGACCACAGUGGAGUACCUCAUCAAGCUGCUGGAGACUGAGAGCUUCCAGCACAACACCAUCGACACAGGCUGGCUGGACAGGCUCAUCUCCGAGAAGAUGCAGGCGGAGCGUCCUGACACCAUGCUGGGCAUAGUGAGCGGGGCUCUCCACGUGGCUGAUGUCAACCUGAGGAACAGUGUCUCCAACUUCCUGCACUCUCUAGAAAGAGGUCAGGUGCUGCCCGCGCACACUCUUCUCAACACCGUGGAUGUGGAGUUGAUCUAUGAGGGUACUAAGUAUUGUCUGAAGGUGACGCGUCAGUCCCCCAACUCCUAUGUGGUCAUCAUGAACAGCACCUCUGCCGAGGUGGACGUCCAUCGCCUCAGCGACGGGGGCCUGUUGCUCUCCUACGACGGCAGCAGCUACACCACCUACAUGAAGGAGGAGGUGGACCGGUACCGUAUCACCAUUGGGAACAAGACGUGUGUGUUUGAAAAGGAGAACGACCCGUCGCUGCUUCGCUCGCCCUCAGCAGGGAAACUCAUCCAGUACACCGUGGAGGACGGAGGGCACGUGUUCUCUGGCCAGUGUUAUGCUGAGAUAGAGGUGAUGAAGAUGGUGAUGACUCUGACGGCGCUGGAGUCCGGCUGUAUCCACUAUGUGAAGAGGGCUGGUGCCGUGCUGGAGCUGGGCUGUGUCAUCGCCAAGCUGCAGUUGGAUGAUCCUGGCAGGGUACAACAGGCGGAGCUGCACCACGGGGCCCUGCCCGUCAUCCAGGCGGUGGCGCUGAGAGGAGAGAAGCUCCACAGGGUCUUCCACAGCACCCUGGACCACCUGGUGCACAUCAUGAGUGGUUUCUGCCUGCCUGAACCCUUUUUCAGUGGAAAGCUAAAGGAAUGGGUGGAAAGGCUGAUGAAGACUUUUCGGGACCCCUCCCUGCCGCUGUUGGAGCUGCAGGACAUUAUGACCAGUGUGUCAGGCCGGAUCCCCCUCGCUGUGGAGAAAUGCAUCAAGAAGGAGAUGGCCCAGUACGCCAGCAACAUUACCUCUGUGCUCUGCCAGUUCCCCAGUCAGCAGAUUGCCAACAUCCUGGACAGUCAUGCUGCCACUCUGAACAGGAAGUCGGAGAGAGAGGUGUUCUUCAUGAACACUCAGAGCAUUGUACAGCUGGUGCAGAAGUACCGCAGUGGCAUCCGUGGUCACAUGAAGGCUGUGGUGAUGGACCUGCUCAGACAGUACCUCAAAGUAGAGGUGCAGUUCCAGCAUGGACACUACGACAAGUGUGUGUUCACACUGCGUGAGGAGAACAAGGGCAACAUGGCCAACGUGUUAAACUACAUCUUCUCGCACGCCCAGGUCACCAAGAAGAACCUCCUGGUCACCAUGCUUAUUGACCAGCUGUGUGGUCGUGACCCCACCCUGACUGAUGAGCUGAUGGCCAUUUUGACAGAGCUCACCCAGCUCAGCAAGACAACCAACGCCAAGGUGGCACUGCGCGCCCGCCAGGUGCUGAUUGCCUCCCACCUCCCCUCCUACGAGCUCCGCCACAACCAGGUGGAGUCCAUCUUCCUCUCUGCCAUCGACAUGUACGGACACCAGUUCUGCAUCGAGAACCUGCAGAAACUGAUCUUGUCUGAGACGUCCAUCUUUGAUGUGCUGCCCAACUUCUUCUACCACAGUAACCAGGUGGUCCGGAUGGCUGCCCUGGAGGUGUACGUACGUAGAGCCUACAUCGCCUACGAGCUCAACAGCGUCCAGCACAGACAGCUGAAGGACAACACCUGCAUUGUAGAGUUCCAGUUCAUGCUGCCUACCUCCCACCCCAACCGAGGGAACAUCCCAACUCUAAACAGGAUGUCGUUCUCGUCCAACCUGAACCACUACGGCAUGGUGCACAUGGGCAGCGUGAGUGACGUCCUCCUGGACACUUCCUUUACCCCACCCUGCCAGCGCAUGGGAGCCAUGGUCUCCUUCCGCUCCUUCCAGGAGUUCACCAGGAACAUUAAAGACGUGAUGAGCUGUUUCUCUGACUCUCCUCCUCACAGCCCCACCUUCCCAGAGGGAGGGAACCCUGUGCUCUAUGGAGAGGAGGACACCAAGAGUAUCCAAGAUGAGCCCGUUCACAUCCUCAACGUGGCCAUUAAGACUGACAGUGACAUCGACGACGACGGCCUGGCCGCCAUGUUCCGGGAGUUCACCCAGUCAGAGAAAUCCCUGCUGUUUGAACAUGGCAUCCGCAGGCUGACCUUCCUGGUUGCUCAGAAGGAUUUCAGGAAGGCAGUCAACUAUGAGGUGGACCAGAGGUUUCAUAGAGAGUUCCCCAAGUUCUUCACCUUCCGGUCCAGAGACAAGUUUGAGGAGGACAGGAUCUACCGUCACUUGGAGCCAGCGCUGGCCUUCCAGCUGGAGCUGAACCGCAUGCGUAACUUUGCCCUGACUGCCAUUCCCUGUGCCAACCACAAGAUGCACCUUUACCUGGGCGCUGCCCGUGUGGAGGUGGGCACAGAGGUCACAGACUACCGCUUCUUUGUCCGGGCCAUCAUCCGUCACUCAGACCUGGUCACCAAGGAGGCGUCUUUUGAGUACCUCCACAACGAGGCCGAGCGUCUGCUGCUGGAGGCCAUGGACGAGCUGGAAGUGGCCUUCAACAACACCACCGUACGCACUGACUGCAACCACAUCUUCCUCAACUUUGUCCCCACCGUCAUCAUGGACCCCUCCAAGAUUGAGGAGUCGGUGCGCUCUAUGGUGAUGCGUUACGGCAGUAGGCUGUGGAAGCUACGGGUCCUGCAGGCUGAGCUGAAGAUCAACAUCCGGCUGACGCCCACAGGCAAACAGAUACCCAUCCGCCUUUUCCUCACCAACGAGUCAGGCUACUACCUGGACAUCAGCCUGUACAAGGAGGUCACCGAUUCCCGUACGGGACAGUUGGGGCCUAAAGACCGACAGAUCAAGUUCCAGGCAUAUGGGGACAAGCAGGGUCCUCUACAUGGCAUGCUCAUCAACACCCCAUAUGUGACCAAGGACCUGCUGCAGUCCAAACGCUUCCAGGCCCAGUCCCUGGGAACCACCUAUGUCUAUGACUUCCCUGAGAUGGUCAGACAGGCUCUAAAGAAGCUGUGGCAGUCCACCAAAGCCUUCGCCCACCUGCCCAAAUGCCCUCUGCCCUCUGAGCUGCUCACUUUCACUGAGCUGGUCCUGGAUCCACAGGGACAGCUGGUGCAGAUGAACCGUCUACCAGGAGGGAACGAGAUUGGCAUGGUGGCCUGGCGGAUGACCAUCAAGACCCCGGAGUACCCGGCAGGGCGUGAGAUCAUUGUGAUCAGUAAUGACAUCACACACAAGAUUGGUUCGUUUGGGCCGCAGGAGGACCUGCUGUUCCUGCAGGCCUCAGAGAUGUCCAGGGAGAGUGGCAUUCCUCGUAUCUACAUCUCUGCCAACAGCGGUGCCCGCAUCGGCCUGGCAGAGGAGAUCAGACACAUGUUCCAUGUAGCCUGGCAGGACACGGCAGACCCCUACAAGGGCUUCAAGUACUUGUACCUGACCCCUCAGGACUACAAGAAGGUGUCAGCCCUGAAUUCUGUUCACUGUGAACACAUAGAGGAUGAGGGAGAGUCCAGGUACAAGAUCACUGACAUCAUCGGGAAGGAGGAGGGUCUGGGGGUGGAGAACCUGAAGGGCUCCGGGAUGAUUGCUGGAGAGUCCUCUUUGGCCUAUGACAAGGUCAUCACCAUGAACCUGGUGACUUGUCGUGCAAUUGGGAUCGGAGCCUACCUGGUUAGGCUGGGUCAGAGGACCAUCCAGGUGGAAAACUCCCACAUCAUCCUCACUGGGGCUGGAGCACUCAACAAGGUGCUGGGUAGAGAGGUAUACACCUCCAACAACCAGCUGGGUGGGAUUCAGAUCAUGCACAACAACGGUGUGACCCACAGCACUGUGUGUGAUGACUUUGAGGGAGUCCACAUGCUGCUGCACUGGCUCUCCUACAUGCCCAAGGACCGAUCUAGUCCUGUGCCCAUCAUCAAUGCCAAGGACCCCAUAGACCGGCUGGUGGAGUUUAUGCCCACCAAGGCUACCUAUGACCCCCGCUGGAUGCUGGCAGGACGCCCCGGCCAAACUCCAAAGGGCCCGUGGCAAAGUGGGUUCUUUGACCAUGGCUCAUUCAUGGAGAUCAUGCAGCCUUGGGCUCAGAGUGUGGUGGUGGGCAGAGCCAGGCUAGGUGGCAUACCUACUGGAGUGGUUGCUGUGGAAACUAGAUCUGUGGAGCUGUCAAUCCCAGCCGAUCCAGCCAACCUGGACUCUGAAGCCAAGAUCAUCCAGCAGGCAGGCCAGGUGUGGUUCCCUGACUCUGCUUUUAAGACGUCACAGGCCAUCAAGGACCUGAACCGCGAGGGCCUCCCUCUUAUGGUGUUCGCAAACUGGAGGGGCUUCUCUGGAGGCAUGAAAGACAUGUAUGACCAGGUGCUGAAGUUUGGAGCCUACAUCGUGGAUGGGCUGAGAGAGUACCGCCAGCCUGUUCUGGUGUACAUCCCUCCCCAGGCAGAGCUCAGAGGAGGGUCCUGGGUGGUCAUAGACCCCACCAUCAACCCCCGCCACAUGGAGAUGUAUGCUGACAAGGACAGUCGUGGUGGAGUGUUGGAGCCAGAGGGAACAGUAGAGAUCAAGUUCAGGAAGAAGGACCUGGUGAAGACUAUGAGGAGGGUGGACCCGGUCUACAUGGGCCUGGCAGAGAGACUGGGUACCCCAGAGCUGGGCCCGCCAGAGAGGAAGGAACUGGAGACCAAACUGAAGGAGCGGGAGGAGUUCCUGUUACCCAUCUACCACCAGGUAGCCGUGCAGUUCGCCGACCUCCACGACACCCCAGGACGCAUGCAGGAGAAGGGCGUCAUCACGGACAUCCUGGAGUGGCGGACAUCACGUCACUUCUUCUACUGGCGUCUGAGGCGUCUGCUGCUGGAGGACACGGUCAAGAUGAAGAUCCAGGUGGCCAACAGCGAGCUGACUGAUGGACAGAUUCAGGCCAUGCUGAGACGCUGGUUCGUAGAGGCUGAGGGGACCGUCAAGGCGUAUCUAUGGGACAGCAAUGAGGAGGUAGUGGAGUGGCUGGAGAAGCAGCUGAAGGAGGAGGAGGGGGCCAGGUCUAUCGUCGACGAGAACAUUAAGUACAUCCGCAGGGACCACAUCCUCAAGCAAAUCCGCAGCCUGGUCCAAGCCAAUCCUGAGGUUGCCAUGGAUUCCAUCGUGCACAUGACCCAACACAUCUCCCCAACACAGCGUGCUGAGGUGGUCCGCAUCCUGUCUACCAUGGAUGCUGCCCCGGCCGCUACCUAAGCCUCAUUUAUACCUGGUUCUAACAUGCGUCCUUUGUCUUGAUCUUGUCCACAUUUUUAGUGAGGUAUAGAUUAUUGUGGUCAUAUCUUCCAGACCACCUCUGGAGGUAGUCAGGGACCCAUUGUAUUUGGAUAUCAAUCCAUUGUAAACAGAUCUGGAUGGUCAAUCCAUUUAAAUCAUUAUACCGGUAUCUAAAACCAUUGACAGGUAGCUCCAUUGACUUAUGGCAUCAAUAAUUGUUUAACACAAAAUAUAUAUAUUUUUAAAGAAUCUGUCACAUAAUUUGCAUACAGGGAGGCACCAGGAAAUCUGGUCACAAUGGUUGGUGGAUAAGAGACACAUUUUACUACCAUGUGUAGAUCUAAUUGUAUUUGUCACAUGCGCUGAAUACAACAGGUGUAGACUUUACUGUGAAAUGCUUACUUACGAGCCUUUUCCCAGCAAUGCAGAAUAAAAAAAGGAAGUAAUAACACAAUCAAUUAACAAUAUCGAGGCUAUAUACAAGGAGUACUGGUACAGAGUGGAUGUGCAGGGGUACGAGGUAGUUGAAGCAAUCAGGAAAGAUAAGUGUAUCAGCAGCGUGUGUGUGUGGGUAAAGUCCAGUGAGUAUGCAAGAGAGUCAGUGGAAUUCUUAAAUAAAAUGGUAUUCAUCAAUGUGGGCACAAUCAGAAUGUGAAUAUGACAACAUGGCAGCCGAUGAGUUUGUGCUGUUACUGAUGAAACUGUUGGCAAUGAUUCUGGAGGGAGGGGGGGGAAGAGUGGAGACACACGGGGACUGAUGUCCAGGGUAAUGAAUUUACACAAGUCUUACAGAAUGUGUGUUCGUGUUGAUAAACUCCUUUUUCUCUGAGAAUAGCCUCAAUUUGUUGGGGCAUGGUGUUGAAAGCAUUCUUACAGGGAUGCUGGCCCAUGUUGAUUCCAAUGCUUGCAACAGUUGUCAAGUUGGCUGGAUGUC